CUUGUAACACUCUUUACAUUUUUGAUUUUCAUAUUGCAGGUUCUUAGUAAACUCUGCCAUGUCCAUGUUAUAUACACUAAAAACUCACUUUUUGUAUAGAUUAAAAUAAAAGUCAAAAAUUCGAAAUGGCCGAUAAAGGAGGCUAUAACCCUUACGAAAAUCGAAUUGUGGCUAAGCCGAUAUCCGAUUUCGGGGCUUUCAUUUCGCUGCUCAAGAGCGUGGUGGGAACUGGAGUUUUGUCCCUUCCCUUGGCCUUUUACUACGCAGGCAUCAUCAACGGCAUUGUCCUGCUCAUUUUAGCCAGUAUAAUGCUGGUUCACGGCAUUCAGAUGUUGAUUAUUUGCAUGGUGGAGUGCUCCCGACGGAUGCAGGUCGGCUAUACCACCUAUCCACAGGCGAUGGAGUACUCCUUCGGCCAGGGUCCCAAGUGCUUCAGGUACUGCUCCAAGGCGGGAGGAUACUUCUGCGAUGGAGUGCUGGGAGCUUCGCAAUUCGGCGUCUGCGUCGUUUACAUCGUCUUUGUGUCAGUCAACUUCAAGCAGCUCAUAGACUUUUACUGGGGAGUGGCUGACAUAAGGAUCUAUGUAACCGCUGUCGGACUCCUCGCGAUAGGCCCGUUCCUGAUACGGUCUCUCAAGUACCUGAUACCCUUCAAUAUAGUGGCCACCAUUCUCAUUUACACCGGCUUUCUUAUGAUGAUGUACUACCUGUUCGUGGGUCUGCCUCCGAUAUCGGAACGCAAUAUAGUGUUUGGCCCCACAGAGAAGCUGCCCUUGUUCUUUGGCAUCGCCCUGUUCUCGGUCACCUCCGUGGGAGUGAUGCUGGCCGUCGAAUCCCAGAUGGCGCAUCCACAACAUUACCUCGGUUGGUUUGGGGUAAUCGUUUGGGCCAUUGUAAUAGUUUUAAUUUCUUAUAUUUUCUUUGGGAUCAUGGGCUACUGGCGUUAUGGUGAUCAAACUGCGGAUAGUGUCUCACUCAAUAUUCCCACAGAUGAAGUAAUCGCCCAGGUUUCCAAGGCCUUUAUUGCCAUGGCCAUUUUCCUGUCGUAUCCCUUGGCCGGCUAUGUGGUGAUCGACAUAAUAAUGAACCACUACUGGAACAAGAGUGGAGAGCUGAAGCACGCGGUCUUGAAAGAGCUCAUCCUCCGGGUGGUUAUGGUGAUACUGACCACCAUAACUGGCAUUCUUGCCCCGAAUCUGGGUCCCCUGCUGUCGCUGGUCGGAGCUCUCACCAUAUCGCUGUUGAACCUGGUGUUUCCCGCCCUGAUCGAGAUCUGCCUGUUCUACCCACCAGAGUAUAACUACGGCAAGCUGAAGUGGAAGCUGGUAAAGGAUAUUUUUUAUGUAAUCAUUGGCCUGGUUAUUCUGGUGCAAGGCACCGUCUUCUCCAUAAUGAAUAUGGUCAAGGAGUGGGGCGGUAAGAGCGAGGCGACAACUGGGGGCACGGAUGGAACCACUACAGUGGACACCACAACUACCGGGAAUAUCACCACCUUGCUGACCACAGCCAUUGCAGCUCCCAAUGAACCCACUCAGGAACCCGCUUUGAGAUUUCUAUAAAGGAAUGCUGCCCAAUAUCAAUGCGUGGGGAAGUGGAUAUUGGCUUUCUAAGCUUUGAAAAUGUGCAUCGACUUUCCGUCGAAACACUGUGGAACUAGCUAUCAGCAACGGACCUAAAAGUUUCAGUUUUCAAGCAAGUUAGCUAAGAUCACUUGUUACUUAUGGCCAAGAUAAGUGCUCUAUUCUGCAGAACUGAAAAAAGGAGUCCUAGGUUACGGAAAACUAAUGGGCUUUGCAAGAGGAAUAGCAAGCACGGUGGUUACCAUGUGGACACCCACUUUCGUUAUCCCGUCAUUGAGUGAUCUAUGUUAUAGAUACUCUGUAUUUUCAAAAUUAUUUUGUAUUUCCGACUCAAUAAAUAAUGAUAUAUUAUCAUGAUCAAUGAUAAACCAA